CACGGCAGGAGGGAGGCAAAGAGCAGUUUCGUUUAAAAGGCCGCAAAAAUGGCCGCCGAAAACUAUCACCUGAAGUGGGACUCGCAUCUGUCCUAUUUAAAUACUUCCAUUGCGACGCUCUACAAAAAUGAAAAGUUUGCCGACGUCAUGUUGUACAGUUCAUAUAGCAAUAAUGGCAUCAACUCGGAUAUACCCACCGUCGGCAUAUCUGCGCACAAAUUCAUACUGAGCUCCUGCAGUCAAUUCUUUGCAACCAUGUUCGAGACAGCGCCAAUAACCGCACCCAAUGGCGUCCUCUAUAUUGUGCUUCCACCGGAUCUGAGUCAUCGUGCCAUACAAAUACUGGUGCAGUACAUGUACAGCGGGGAAGCAACCGUCUCCAAUGAUAUACUGAACGAAGUGUUGCGUGGUGGCGAGAUCUUAAAGAUACGCGGCUUGUGCCGCACCAGCACUUCGAGUGGCAGUGGCAGCGGCACAGGUGCAUCUGGACACGGACAUGGACACCACCUGCAUCACCAGCGGGAGCCAAGUGCUCUGUAUGUGUCAAAUGGCACACGCUCUUCACUGGCGCCACCUCCGCCGCCUUCAAUGUCCGCACAGCUUCCUGGUGAUAUGUACAGCAGCAAGGCCAGCAGCAGUGGCAGCAGUGGCCACAACUCGGCACGUUACUCCAUGGAUCAUCAUCACACGCACACACAUCCGCAUUCGCAUCCACAUCCUCAUCAGCAUCAUUCUCAUCAUCAGCAACAGCAAUUUCGCGGCUUAGGUGCUUCCGUCAUGCCAAAGGACAGUCCGGUGAUUGUCAAGUCACCUAAAAUAGCCAGCCACACGGGAUUGCUGAGCGUGGCAAGCAGCAGUAAGCUGCAUUCCAAUAGCGUUGGCGGCAUCUCUGUGAACAAAGAGGUGGCCAUCGAUCCCGAGGACAAAUGCUGCUAUGCCACGUCCAGUCAAGUUGAAAGUCUACCACAGUCCUCUGCUGGAGUUGCAGCGGCUGCACCACCACCUCAACCACAACAACCACCAAUGUCCAUUUGCACUGAAGUUGGCUGCAGCAGCUGCCCCCUCGCUGCGUCUUCCACCGAGCCGGCGGAACCAUCGCUCCGCCGACCAGAUUACGUAGAGCGAGAUCGUCUUGUUGAGGAUGCACUUUGUGAUCGGGAACGUGACGAUGCGGGUCUCGUUUACGAACGACGUCUACGCCGUGAGAGAUCCUGUGAGCGAGGCAAGUCACCUUAUUUUCCUCAUGAAGGAUCGCACUAUGAUCAUGUGGUGAAGCCGUAUGAAGUGCCGGCUGUUGUUGCUCCUCGUCUUGUCACGUCACCGCCUUCGCACAGUUUUCUGACCAUCAAACAGGAGCCCACAGAUUGGUCAAACAAUACAACGGCCACGUUAUCCAAUGACAACAACCACGAGCACAGUCAGGAGGCGACGCUGUCACCCAAGCAGCCUCUAGACUUUAAGAUAAAUGCCGUCAAGCUGGAGGCGAAUGCAACGACCCAAGAUGAGUCCGAGGAGCACACGCUGCGAGAUUACAAUAACUUUAAAGUGCUCGUUUGCGAGAUAUGUCAGAAAUCAUUUGAAGACACCAAGACGCUGGUGAGGCAUCUGGGCACACAUGCACCUGAGCCAGCAACGAAUAUUAUGUCAGGUAGCAGCAGCAGCAGCAGCGCAACUGUCAACAGCAACAACAACACCAACAGCAAUAACAGUAAUCUGGCCCUGAGAGCGCUGAAAACCUAUGUGCCAAAGAAACGACGCAGAGUCUCGCAACAGGAGAACAAUAUGGAUCAUGUGACGCUGCUCUGUGAUCUCUGCUCCACCUCCUUUGAAACGCCCGCAGAGUGGGUGCGUCACAUGAAUAGUCAACACACGGAAAUCGAGCUGGCCAUGUUCAACAGCAAAAAGGAUGGCGAGCAGAAGGGGUGUGUGUCCUAAAGAUUCCUGCCUAAUCUCGAGCUUGUGAUGAUGAACUCUGUUCACUUGCAGCAGCAGCAACAACUCAUCUACUGCCUUCGUCAGUUCAGCAUCAAGUGUGACGCAUAAAAAGUACAUCAAUACCAGUCGGCAGGUGGGACAGACCCAGCAACAUAAUGCUAAUGGCGUCACAUCAUCAUCCCCGGGUCUGUG